UGAAGUGACGGAUUAUAAUCAUACCCGAAAGAGCUUACCUACCUUGCCGUGCUUGCCUUCUUCCCCAUCCAAAUAUCCGCGCCUUAAAGGCACUACUCGCCAAAUGACGUCGGCUUUCACUAGCCCCCGGAUCCGGAUCCGACGGUUCAACACGGUAGGAUCAAACUACCGAAGUACCUUACCCCAAAGUCUGACGUGAGACAACAAAAACCACCACGAGAAAGCAAAACUCACAUACAUUGAAGAAAGCCCACCCUCUCUCACUAUUAAAACCUGAGACCACUUCUCCAAGUUCCAUACACACACACCAUAUUUCUUAUACCCUAUUGCAGAAAGUGUACUUUCUUCUUUCCCCCCCAACAAUGCAGCUCUGGUCUCACAAGGCGAAACAAGACGCCCUGAACCAAUCAGACGAAGAGCGGCGUCAGCAGCCCUCGUUGCGCGAGAUGCUCGACAACAAGUCCAAAGCAACCGAAGGCGAUCACAAGGACUCAUCCGAUCCGAUACCGAUCAUUCUAUGCGGUAAGACAGAGGCGAUUGGUCGCGGCGUCAUCGAGGGCCUGAAGCCGGAAUAUGAAGUCAUCCACUUCAUCACCUCCCCCGCCUCAGGAGCACUCAUCAUCCCAGCCCUCUUGGCGUCGUCUCCACCGCCGCAGCACCCAGACACCAGCACGAUCGGCAGCGGAAACUACGCCUCCACCCCACGCGCCAUCGUCCUGGGCGGCGCAUUCGACGAGGAGGCCGUGAAAUCCCUUCAGAACGCCGUCGUCGAACAAGGGGCUGCUGCUGCGUCGAGAAAGGUUCCGUGGCUGAGGCACGACGGGAGUAAAGCCGCGCCGCCUCCGGGGCCAGAGUACGGCCAGGCCAUGGUCGCGAGGGUUAGGGAGAAGUUGGGCGAAUUGGAGGGGGAGGGGAAGUUGGAUGGUGGAUAUGGGGGUGAUGAGUGGUAUUAAGUUAAAAAAAAAAGAUGCCGGAGGAUUGGUGAUGAUCUUGCCGGCAACAUAAAUGGUAGCAUGGGGGCUUGAAAUGACGGUCAGGUAUUUGAUGGUAUCAUGAUGCAUCAAAAUGAGGCCGCGCAACAGAAACGGUUCAAACAUGGCACACAACCAUCGGGUAGAUCAGGCAGAUUACGAUAAAGUUCAUUAAUCCAGACGGAUAUUCCGCCAUUCAUGCUAAAUCUCCUCUUCAUGGU